AUGGUGUGGGUGGCGGCGGGCCCUGCUGGCUCGGGCUCCAGACAUCUCCCCCUGGCCAGCCCUGUCUUCCCAGCGGCUCGCUCUGCUAAACCACCUGCACGGUGUGUGCUUGCAAACCAGACGCUGUGUCCCUUCCACCGGGGCCACGCAGCGAACUUCCUGAAAACUGGUGGGGCCAGGGUGGUGGCAACAGGGAAGCACCUGGUUUUCCAGAGAGUCGGGGAGCUCAUCCCAGAUGAUAACAGCUACCUUCCCCGGGGCCACGAUGGAGAGAAGGUGAAAAUGCUCUGCACAAGCGGCCGCCUAGGGGAAGGAAGCAAGACGCUGGCAGCAGGCAGGCUCCCUGCUCUGGUCCAGCCUGUGCGCUCCACCGCCGCUACAGUCGCCAUGCCCGCUGCCUGGUGCUCCAUCGCCCUGGCCCUGCUCCUGGCCCUGCAUGAAGGCAAGGGCCAGCUGGCUGCUGCCCCAGACCACCCUGCACCCUCACCCCGUGCCCGAGCCUCCCACCUGCGGCCCCGACGGUGCUCCUGUAGCUCCUGGCUCGACAAGGAAUGCGUCUACUUCUGCCACCUGGAUAUCAUCUGGGUGAACACUCCCGGACAGACAGCUCCUUACGGCCUGGGAAAUCCGCCAAGACGCCGGCGCCGCUCCCUGCCAAAGCGCUGUGAGUGCUCCAGUGGCAGGGACCUCACCUGUGCCACCUUCUGCCAUCGAAGGCCCCGGCCUGAAGCCGUGGGAGCCCCCGGCAGCGGACCCCCUCCAGGCGUGUCGCAGGCUGGCAGGAUGUGGCUAUCGGCAGGAGGGCUCCUCCAGCAGCUGAGGGACAUUUCUGCAGCCAAGAGCCACUUUGCUGGGCAACAGCAGGUGGCAGUGAGGGAAUCGAGGCCUGCACAUCCCAAGCGGAGGAAGAGAUAA